AUGGCGGUGGAUAUUCCAGAACUCGACCAACCUGGUUCUAGUGGUCUGCUCCGUACUCAAUGGUUCCCUCUGGUAUUGAGCGAAUCAGCCGCGUUUCAAAUCAUCCUCCUGUUGUCUGCAUCCAACUUCGCAGUUGUCAGUUCUGCGGCAGCUACGGGUAUCCGACCACAUUUGCUGCAGAUGAAGUGCGAUGCGAUUCGUGCAAUCAAUGAGGCAUUUCUUUCCGAGGACAAGCGACUGAGCGAUGCGGUAAUAGGUGCUGUGGCUAAAAUGGCUAGCUACGAGGCCAUCAACGGGACCAGAGAGGCAUAUCAGGUUCACAUGGCAGGACUUGAAAAAAUGGUCAGCAUUCGAGGCGGUCUUUCUGCCCUCGGACUCAAUGGUCUCCUUCGACGAAUCAUUGUGUGGAUAGACAUCAAUUCUGCUAUCCUGCAGGGGACACCUCGCUUUUUCCCUAAGGCCACAUUCACAGGGAUUGAAGGUGGCCGAUAUGACGAUGAGUCCAAGGGCCCCGAAGCGAAUCUAGAGCGAUUUGUUGCCAUUUAG